AAAAUUUCUCUGUCACUUUUCGUUAAACCGCACGUUAGUGCGCCCCGGUGCGUUCUGCGCUCCUUCGUAGAGAAUAAUGAUGUUCACCCGCCAGAAACUCUUUUGAUGUAACAAUGUGCUCUGUAACCAGUUUCCUUUAAUUAACCGUUCAAAUUAUAACUCAACACAUCAAACUCCCGGGAGCUACUUCCAGGAAUCAACAGUUCACCCGGCAAAAAAGAAUUAUUUUACUUUUUAAAAGAAGAAUUCAUCGACAUGGAGAAGCAAACCAAUAAAAGGCUGUACAAAUUAGUAUUGACAGGCGGACCUUGCGGUGGUAAAACAACAGGACAGUCACGUUUAUGCACGUUUUUCGAGAAUUUAGGAUGGAAGGUAUUCCGGGUCCCAGAGACCGCAAGCGUAUUGUUGAGUGGUGGCAUAAAGUUCAGCGACCUGAGUGUGGUUGAAGCUUUUAAAUUCCAAGAAAACCUAUUGAAAACAAUGUUACAAAUUGAAGAUACCUUCUUUGAAUUGGGUAAAUCAUGUCGAGGAAAUUGCUUGAUUAUCUGUGACAGAGGUGCAAUGGACGCUUCAGCUUUCAUACCAAAAGAACAAUGGGAGAAGAUGUUAGCGGAUAAUGAGUGGAAUAAUAUUGAGCUCAGGGACAACAGGUACAACCAAAUUGUCCACAUGGUUUCCGCUGCUAACGGUGCUGAAGAAUUCUAUACAACAGAGGAUCAUUCUUGUAGAUCAGAAGGUGUUGAAUUAGCACGUGAAUUAGAUGCAAAUGCAGCUUCAGCUUGGGUUGGCCAUCCAUAUUUUGAUGUGAUUGAUAAUUCAACAGAUUUUGAAGGAAAAAUGCGUCGCAUGAUUGGGAGCGUUUGUCAAAAAAUGGGUAUAGAUACGGGAGAUCGUCUAUUGAAGAACUCCAGAAAAUUGAAGUUCUUGGUUAAGGGACCGUUACCUGAAGAAAGAUUGUUUCCCCGUUUCCAAGACUUCGAAGUUGUCCAUACCUAUUUACACUCAAAUUCUCCUAAUCAAGUGCGAUUAAGAAAACGGGGUCAAAAAGGAAACUUCAGUUACAUCCAUACAGUUCGUAGGCAACCACAACCAGGAGGUCAAGUAGUUGAGGUAAAAACGCAAAUCAAUCACAGGGAUUACAUUAAUUUACUUGCACAGAGGGAUAAGUCUCAUUUAACCGUUUAUAAGAAGAGAAGAUGUUUUUUGGUUAAUAAUCAGUACUUUCAACUUGAUGUUUAUCAAGAACCCAGUCAUCCAAGAUGUAGAGGAUUGAUUUUAUUAGAAACUUAUUCAGCUUUAGACGAAGCAAUUCUUAGAAAAUGUUUACCACCGUUCCUAGAUAUUGAAAAAGAAGUAACGGGGGAUCCGAAUUAUUCAAUGUAUAAUCUAUCGCUUAAGGAAGAUUGGAAAACUACCAAAAAGUUUUGUAAAGAUCUUACAAUUAUUAAAGAUGCGGAAGAUUUACCAGCUCAUAGUCAUAAAAUGAAUGGCCAUUCGAAUGGAUUGGAGAAUUUUCAAUCGUGUGCAAAUGGAAAGGAUUCAAAAUCAAUACAAAGUAGUGCUCCAAUAGCAGGAAAGGUGUGAGAGAAUUUUUUGAAAUUAAAUUAAAAUUUAUAUAUACACCUUAAGUUUGCACGUAGUGUACCUUUAAACUUAGUCGUUUUUUGUCUUUCUUCUUGUGGGUCUUUUUGUUGUUCAAUCUUCAGUGAAUAUUGUAAUUUUUCUUUAAAUAAUACUCGUCGCGAUGUAACACCAAAAAAAAUCGUCGAAAAAAAAGUAAAAUCGUUGGCGUUAAAAUUGUAUUAAUUGUAAACACGUAUUAUCUACCUGUAGUUUGACUUAGAGCGAUUGUAGAUAGUUGGAAAAGAGAAUUAACAACAACAAAAUUGAUAAAAAUUUAUUGGAUGAUUUUCUUUUAAGUUAUUGUAAAAAAGACAAUUUUAAUAACAAUGUAAUUAAUGUACAUUAACUAUUUUUUCUCGAAUUCUUUUGAAAUUAAAAGAAAUUCUUUUAUGACUUGUUGUAACGGGUACCUGAUGUAAAGAGACACCCGAUAUGAUAACGAUAUUCGCAAAAUUUAUACUUAAAAAAAUGGAUAUUGUAACAAUAUUUUUCUUGAAUUGCCUAUAAUAUAUUUUUGCACUUACAAUGUUUGUACAAUGGAAUAAAAGUGCUAGUUUCGAAUUUAAAAGAAUUUUAAAAAUGAAAAAAAAACAACAUGGUAAUAAUAUGUAAUAAAAGUCUGUGAUUGUAUCAUCCCUUCCAAAUAUUUUUCUUAACAAAAUAAAUUACUUGAUAUUGCUGAGAAAACAAUAGGCAGGAACUUAUCAUUUUGUAGGUAUUUUAUUUUAAUUCUUCAACUUUUAGUACUUGAAGGCCAGGUACUUAACUCCACUUCACUUAAAAUAUGUAAUUGUGACAAAACACUUUGGAAAAGAGUAUAUUAAACCUGUCUGGCCUUAAAAAGCAAUUUGAAAACUUUUAGUAACGGUGUACUUAUUUGUAGUAUUUUUGAUUUCCAAAUAUUGUAAAACAAAGUUGUUCUUUGAAAUAAAUAUGUUUUAAUUUAAAA